UAGCCGAUCCGUCUGGAGCUUUUAAAUAUAACCGAAUCGGUUAAUAUGCGAAAUAUACAAACAAAACAUGUGCAAACAUUUUCCUUAAGAUAAAGGUACACGGCGGAAGGAUUAGUGAAAGUGAACGGAAAGAGGGAUGAAGAAAUGAGGGCGGGGCGCCGAAGGAUGGGGGUGCAGUUUGAGAGAAAAGGAAAGUAGGAAGGAUUGAAUGGGUGGAAAGAGGGAAGAGGAGUUCGCCGUUGUAUGUAGGAAAAAUAUCCAUUUAGAAGGAAAAAAAGAGCAAUAAAUGUUAAAGAUGCGCUGCAGCAGUCGGAAAGCGGCGCUAAUUUGCAUUUGAUGGAUUGAUCUUUUUCCCUAAAAAGCAGUGCGGAUUGUCCUGUCCGAUUGCUUUAACUGGUAAACUGUGGAGUUGGCAAGCACGGGAUAGCAGAAGAUUGCUGGGGAGAUAUCUGCGGCGUCUGUACGUGAGAGUGGCCGGGCCCUUCAUUGGACAUCGUCCCUCUCUUCCUCCUCCUCCUCGGUGCUCCUGCCUUCUCCGCCCUCUGUCCUCCGGCCUCCAAGAUAGAUUCCCUCAGGAGCAAAGUUGACCUGCUGAAGCUCCCUUUGACCCUCUCCUCCAAGUCCAUCUCUCAGCGCAAGAGCCAGCAGGGCGGCGCCGGAGAACGAGGGACCGGGGGAGGAGGGGCUCGCAAACCCCGCCCAGCGGCCCACAAGGACAGAGACAUGGACACCGAGUCUCAGUACUCUGGUUACUCCUAUAAGUCAUCCCACUCUCGCAGCUCCAGGAAGCACAGGGACCGACGGGAGCGGCACCGCUCGAAGAGCCGAGAUGGCGGCAGUAGCCGUGGGGACAAAUCCGUCACGAUCCAGGCCCCGGGAGAGCCCCUCCUCGACAACGAGUCCACCAGAGGGGACGACAGAGAUGAUAACUGGGGGGAAACGACCACCGUGGUGACGGGCACCUCGGAGCACAGCGUGUCGAACGAGGACCUGACGCGCGUCUCCAAGGAGCUGGACGAGUCGUCGCCGCUGGAGUGCCGGCGCUUCGUGGGCCCGGUGCUGAGCGGCUGUCUGGGCCUCUUCGCGCUGCUCACGCCGCUGGCCUUCCUGCUGCUGCCGCAGGCUCUCUGGGAGACGCUGCACCCCUGCGGCACGCCCUGCGAGGGCCUCUACGUCUCCCUGGCCUUCAAGCUGCUCGUGCUGCUCAUCUCCUCCUGGGCGCUGUUCCUGCGGCCGCCGCGCGCCACGCUGCCCCGCUUCUUCGUCUUCCGCUCGCUGCUGAUGGUGCUGGUCUUCCUCUUCGUCGCCUCCUACUGGCUGUUCUACAGCGUGCGGGUGUGGGAGCCGCGGGAGCCGGAGUACCGCGUGAUCGUGGAGUACGCUGCCUCGCUGGUAGACGCGCUGCUCUUCAUCCAGUACCUGGCGCUGGUCCUGCUGGAGGUCAGGCACCUGCAGCCGGCCUUCUGCCUUAAGGUGGUCCGCACCACAGACGGGGCCAGCCGCUUCUACAACGUGGGCCAUCUAAGUAUACAGAGAGCUGCAGUGUGGAUCCUGGAGCACUAUUACAGCGACUUCCCCGUCUACAACCCGGCUCUCCUCAACCUGCCAAAGUCCAUCCUCUCCAAGAAAAUGUCGGGAUUCAAAGUCUACUCUCUGGGCGAAGAGAACAGCACCAACAAUUCGACGGGACAGUCCCGGGCGAUGAUCGCCGCUGCCGCCCGCAGGCGGGACAACUCGCACAACGAGUACUACUACGAGGAGGCGGAGAUGGAGCGCCGGGUCCGUAAGCGCAAGGCCAGGCUGGUGGUGGCAGUAGAGGAGGCCUUCACCCACAUCAAGCGCCUGCAGGACGAAGAGCAGAACCCCUCGGCCUCUUCGCCCAAGAACCCACGGGAGGUGAUGGACCCACGCGAGGCGGCCCAGGCCAUCUUCGCCCCCAUGGCCCGCGCCAUGCAGAAGUACCUGCGCACCACACGCCAGCAGCCGUACCACAGCAUGGAGAGCAUCCUCACCCACCUGCAGUUCUGCAUCACACACAACAUGACCCCUAAGGCCUUUCUGGAGCGGUACCUGACGCCAGGUCCCACAUUGCAGUACCAGCGGGAGAAUGGCAGGGGGCGCCAGUGGACGCUGGUGAGCGAGGAGCCUGUGACCUCUGCCCUGCGCCAGGGAUGCACCUUCUCUCUACGCCGGCUUGACUUUGCUCUGGUCGUCACGGUGACGCCCCUCCCCUUCCUGUCGCUGGGAGAGGAGUUCGUCGACCCCAAGAGUCACAAGUUUGUCAUGCGCCUGCAGUCGGAGACGUCUGUGUAGGCAUGUCGUUUUGCACGAGGAGACACGGGGAGAUCACUGACUGGCCAGCGUGAUGGAUGCACGACACGUGCAUUAUUAAAAUCUGGCUGCGAAAGAUUCUUCUGAAAAACCAAGGGGAAGUUGAUGUUCCUGAAAGAGCAAAAGGAUCGUAAAGCUAAUCAGCUCCAGUUGCUGGAUUUCCGUUAACGGAGUUCAGUCUUUUACUAAAAUUCAGCAUAACCAAUCGAGGGGGAGUCGUCGUCUCAGCCUUGCCUUUCCUUGUCUGCUCGUCACAAAUGACUUAAAUGUUAAAGUAGCCUGUCUGUCCACUAGGGGCCUCACAGAAUCUGAACCGGGUUGAUCCCACUGGAGAAACGGCACAUUCGUUCCACAGCUCUGCCUUUCUGUCAGUUUUUCGGCGAUAUGUUUCGUUUGUGGGGGAAAGGGGGUUUGGGUGCUUUUGGUAUGUGGAUGGAAGCUGCAUAUGAACCCCCGUUAAAGAUGGUGUGACCGUGUGCUCACGCGCGAGAGCCGUAAUAUGCUUGUAUCCCGUAGCUAAGCCUGUCUUUGUUAUAUGGACGUAUGGACUCCUGUGCUCGAGUCGUACUUAAAUGUCCUUUCUGACGCACGUCUGUGUGUCUGCGCCUGUGAAUUCCCCCCCCCCCCCCCCCAACUAUGCCUGUUGCCUCCCGUUACGGAGGAGCACUGCCUUUCUAACAUGUAAAACACUAGAUUUGGUGACUACUUGUGUAACUUCUCAGCUAACUUCGUAUUAUUAUUAUUUUUUACAUUUUAUCCAAUGAGUGUGUGGGGAUUUUUAGAAAAAAAAAAAAUAUGUACAUAAGAAUGACACUAAACCGUGCUGAUGGAUCUUUAUCAUGGGACAGUGGCCGACGCCAUUCUCAUUUUCAUGUUUUUAAAACUGUGAUUUUUAAAACGAGUGUCUUUUGCUGAUGCUUUUUUUUUUUGUUUGUUUUUUAUAAACCGUUCCUGCCCCAUACCCUCACUCUGUUUUGCCGCUGGACAUGUGAGUCUGACUCG